AUGAUGAAAUAAUAAUCAAAUCCAAUCCCAUAGUAAAAUCUAACAAAGAAAAACUAUCAAACGAAAACGGAGAGGAACAGUAAACCUUUAAAAAGCAAUGCUAGCUACAAGAAAAAGGGCGAUAAGAUUUUGAAAGAAAGCAGUAGUAUGUUUAAAAAUACUAUAGAUUUCAAAAAUGGAUAAACUUUGAACUCUUCACAUUUAUUCUCUUUGAGUUCAACUUUUGAUAGAUCACCUAGGUAACUCAAUUAAGACUUCUAAAGGGGAAUUACAAGUAAUCAUAACAUAAAGAAGUCAAUAAAUCCUCUAACGAGAAUUGAAAGUUAAAACAAUUCUAUAUUGAGUUAAUCGUUGAAAUCUUCAACCUAGAGAUUAUCAAUCUUUUCCGAUAAAGGUACGAUUAAUAAUUCCAAAGCAUAUCAAUAAAAUAAUCAAAAUAGCAAUAAAAGAGCAUCAACAAUAAUACAAACAUUCUCUCCAGAUCUGAACAGAUUCGUAUAAAAUAAUAAAUUUCACGAAUUAAGAAUUGAGACAGCUUUUGAUGGAGAAGACUCAAUACAGUUUCACGAAUUCGGAUAGAUUGACUAGAAUCACAUAAGAUUAAUUCCUUAAAGUUUUUAAGCAAAUAAAAGUCCUAAUGAAUCGAGAAUUGACAUACAUACAGCUGUUGAAUCGUUUGAAGACCUUGAACCUAGUCCUAUAAAUGAUAUUCAUAUAUUAUCCUAAAGUCCUGGCCUCAUUAAAUAAAAUACUUUGUUCGAGUACAUCUAAGAACUUAAACGAAAUGAGAUGAGUAUGAAUGAUACAGUAUUAAUGCAAGAAAAUGCAGUUUUAGUAAAUAGAGAAUCAUUCAGUAAAAAGGAUGCGCCUUAGCAAAAUAAGCUGAACUAGCUUAAGCAAAAACAAAGCUUAGUAACCGGCAUUAGUUUUUAUUCAUAAAGCAGUUUCUCAGAUAGGAAAAACAGAGUUACUAAUUAAUCGCCUCACCCUACAAUGCUUAGUAAUUAUGAUAAGGAAUUAAUACCCAUAAAAGACACAGAAAGGGAAGAUUCAAAAAAAUCAGAUAGUGAUUAAUACGUUAUUAAACUUAUAAAAUGCCCGAUAUCAAUAGACGAGGAAGGAACUUAAAAGUACUCAUCAAUGGUUUUGACUUCCAACUAAAAGGUUCUAACAACCAGAUAACAAUAUUUAGAGGAUGAUGUCUAGUAUCCAAUGUUAAAUUCUUCAAUGGAGUUGAGACUAGAUUUAUUAAGAAUUCCGAAACUUGACAAGCAUACACGAUCUUGCGGCAAUAAAAGAUCUUAAACCUUAACACCCAUAAAAUAGUUUAUUGGCUCGAGUUUGUUCAAAUAAACUAAAUCAGGAGGUGAGUAAGUUGAGUAAUUCAACCCUGGUGAAACGAAUGCAGAGAGAAAGAAUACAGAUAAUAUAGAGUGGAGAGAAAAGGCUUUAACUUAUUUACUAUAACUCAGAGAUAAAGACCGAGAAAUUAUUGGAUUGAAAUAAGAGAAUCAAUCCCUAAGGCAAAUGCUUAAUUAUAUCUUAUAGUCCAAAUUGUCACCUUGA